AUGAUUAUUCUCAAGACGGGCGACAUCAUGUUGAUAAACAAUCACUGGAAAGAUGUCUGCGGGCUGUUCAUUCUGAGCGUAGUCGGUUAUUUUAUAUGGAGUAUAGUCUAUAACUUAUUUUUCCAUCCCCUAAGCAAGUAUCCCGGCCCAUUGCUCGCGAGAGCUAGUAAUGUCUGCUUCUCAUACUGGUUCCACGGAGGUAGGCAACCGUACAAGAUACUAGACCUCCAUCUCAAGUAUGGACCAGUAGUACGCAUAGCCCCAAAUGACCUCUCGUUCAACUCAGCACAGUCGUGGCAGGACAUCUAUGGAUUCCGUCAGGGGCACAAAACCUUUAUCAAGGGUCUCUUCUAUGAAGGAGGUGUCUUUUCUUCGCGUGGAGUUUCCAGUAUCGACACCGAACGUGAUCCGCAACGGCAUGCCAACAUGCGCAGGCUCCUUGCCAACGCCUUUUCGAUGACGUCGCUGACAGAACAGGAAGAGCUCAUCCGAGGCACGAUAGAUCGCUUCAUCGACGUCUUCAAGAAAAAGACGAUUGAACAAGGCGCAGCAUUCGACGUGACUAAAGGAUAUGAGAGAAUGACUUUCGACAUUAUCGGUGAUCUGGCCUUUGGUGAGCCAUUCGGAGCCUUGGAGACGGAAACACCUCAUCCUUGGAUCGAAUCGCUACUCAAUUCGCUCAACAAGGGCGCUCUCAACGAGACUUCAAAGCGCUUCCCCAUGCUGGCCCGGAUUGGAAUGUUCUUCUUCCAUAAUCAGGUUGCCAAGCUAUUCGAGGCUGCAGCUCAAAAUGCCGAGUAUGCUGUCAAGGCAGUCGAAAGGCGCGUUCAGAGAGAGACGAACCGCAAGGAUUUCUACACGCGUAUCCUCGAGCAGCGCAAUAACGAGCGCCACAAGGUCUCGGAUCUCGAACUGGCGGCACAUGCUUGGGACUUCGUGGCCGCUGGAAGUGAGACAACGGCAACAGCCAUGUCAACUGUCACCUUCUUUCUUCUCCGCAAUCCGGGGCUCAUGGCAAAGCUCAAGGAUGAAGUGCGUGGCGCCUUUACUAGCGCCUCGGCGAUCAAAAACUCCACAACUGCGCCGCUACGCUAUCUCGACGCCGCGUGCCGCGAGGCCAUGCGCAUCUACCCUCCCCUGCCGUUUGCCCUUCCGCGACUAGUACCUGAGGGCGGGGACACGAUCGAUGGCCAGUGGGUACCAGGAGGAACCGCAGUUUCUAUCAUGCCCACAGCAGCAAGUCUCGAUCCUGCCAAUUUCUCAGACCCCUAUGCCUUCAAACCUGAGAGAUGGCUGGAUAUUUCUACAGACAAGAAGAAUGGGGAUAGAUUAGAGGCUAGCCAGCCAUUUUCCAUCGGUCCUAGGGGCUGCAUUGGAGUUAACUUGGCUUGGAUGGAACUUAGAACAACGCUGGCUCUGGUCAUCUGGACAUUUGAUCUGGAGCUCGAUAGUGCGUGUAAGGACUUAGAUUGGCACAGAGAUUCCGAGAUGCACUCUCUGUGGCAAAAGCCGCAGCUCCUCGUGCGAGCGACGCUCGCUAAACACGAUGUUUAGGAUCAGAUACGAAAAGGGUAGAAGGUGGCAGGGAGCGGUGUAAUUAGAGGUUGUUAAGAUCCUCACCGGAGUACAGGAACUAUUUGACUCACGAAUAACAAGC